UACACCCAGGAAAUGACACCAGUCUAGCAUUAUAAUGCUUAUUUACACCUAGGGGUAAUUCAUCUUAGCCAAUUAACUGUUCCUGUAAUAGAGGAAACCAGAAAACCUGGAAAAAACUAGGGGAGUGUAACAAUAGGAAACGGAAGGUAGGAUCCAAGCGCAGAUUUUAUUAGAGCCCUGAAGUAAAAUCCAUAAUCAUAUAAACAGUCCAGGUCAAAACACAGAGAGCAAGCAAUCAGGCAGGCAGUCCAAAGGAGAAGACAAGAAUCCCCAAAAAUUCAACAUACAUAAAUCAAAAUAAGAGACCAAUCAGUUUAGAAAUGCAGGAUGGUAAAUGAACGCAAGACUUUGCAAUGUGUGCUAGAACCUCUGGGGGUUAAUAGUGUCUGUAAAUGAGGGACUGAUUGAUCUCAAGUGUGCUGUGUGAACUGGAAUUGUUAGCAUUUGGGCAAUAUGAACUUCUGGUGGUGGUUUAGUGGUUCUGGUGGUGUGGGGUGGAGAACGUUUAAAAUUUCAUACAGAUGCUCUGGAUCAAACACAAGACCCUGGAGCUGUGAAGCGAGACCACUCUGGCAAAUUUGCCACAGAAAUAAAUGUAGACAUAGAGAAUUUUAAAUGGCAUGAACCCUGGGUUCUUUACUGCCUCUGCUUAUAAGAAUUGCCCAAUGGGUGGUGCAGAUUAUAUGAUGACGUGUCACAGAGACAUAAAUUGGGUGUAAUCUUGAGCUUGACGCAUUUCAUUGUGGAAAGGAUCUGCAAAGAACACACCACAGCUGUACUGUCAUCUGGUCUAAACUACAGCUACACACAGGAGAGAUUCACGUACAAGCCGUGUGGUAGGCAGUACAGGUAUCACUCACAUUUGAGGACUACAUUAAAUGACAUCAAAUUAAAAUGGAAGGCGAGUACUAAACUCAAGUUUAUUAAUAUAACAUUAAAAUGUGUGUUCAUCUUCAAGAUGAAUUCUUGUUGGUAUGGUUCGUUUGCAGAGUUGAGGAUUCUUCUGGUGGGUAAAACUGGCUCGGGGAAGAGUGCUACAGGAAACACCAUCCUGAACGACAGAAUAUUUGAGGAAAAGCCCUCCUCUGGAUCUGUCACCACGCAGAGUCAAAGAGGCUGGAGGUCAGAAGGCAGGGCGAUCCUUGUAGUCGACACUCCAGGAUACUGUCACACAUCCUUGACUGAAGAAGAAGUUGUAAACGAAAUUAAAAGAGGGUUAAAGCUUUCUCUUCCUGGUCCACAUGUAAUCCUACUAGUGAUCAAACUGAGUGACAGAUAUACAGAGGAUAAAAGAAAAGCAGUUGCGUGGAUUCAGAAAUACUUUGGUGAAGAAGCCCUAGACUGCACCAUGGUUCUCUUUACUUAUGGGGAUUUACUCACAAAACCAAUAGAAAGUCAUUUGAAUGACUGCACAGAGUUGCAGAGGCUAGUGGAUCACUAUAAUGGACAGUACCAUGUUUUUAAGAACAUGCAGAAGGAUAAAGUCCAAAUCACUGAGUUUCUGAAUAAAACAGACGAGUUAAGAAAGAUGAAUGGAAACAAGAUAUACACUGGUCAAAACAGUGGGCUUUCCUUUACUAAUGUUUGUACUGGAGUGUUAGGAUUAGCAGCAGCAGCAGCACUCAUUGGAGUAAUUGCAUUAGCACAGAGUAAAUAAUUCUUUCCUUAUUCAGCAAAAAUGUUUUUCUCUCUCCUUUGUAUUUUUCAGUAUUUAACUAUAUGAUAUUACAAAAUCAGGUGUUUUCAUGUACAUAGUGUUUUAAUGGAACCUUGGUUUAAAUGGAACCCUGAUGUGUUUCCUUCCUUGGCGUGAGUCAACAUAGUCGUGUUCUUAUAUAUGAAUCAUUGUAAAUCUAUGGUGUUUUUUAAUUUAUUUUAAUUAUUGAUAUUUUGCAAAUGAAAUUUAAUGUCAUUGCUUUACUUUAUUUUACUAUCAAUUAGCACUACUAUUACACAUUAGGCCCACAGUACCUGUAUGUUGUACUUCAUUUAGUUAAUAAUAUAGUGCUAUGGGACAAGUGCAAUAUCUAGAUUUGUGUGCAAGAUGUCCAGCUGGGUCAUAUUUAAUGAGGAUUUAGGAUUUUACUUGAGCUACAGUGCUAGGAUAUGAAGGUCAUAGGCUGCUCUCUGGAUAGUUUCGAGGCAGUGGUGGAAAAGAGGACAGUCAACAAACUCAGCCACUCUGGACAAACAUCAUGUUUAUAUAUAUAUAUGGUAUGUCCCCUCAUGACACACCAGUUAAACAGUGGUGCUCCUCCAGUAGGAGACUCAUUCGGCCCCGCAGUUGAAAGGAGCGGUACAAGAGGUCAAACUACUUCCAUCCAUAUCCGUAUGUACUGUACAUUAUUGGCAAUGUUGCUGCUGCUAUAUCGAUAGAGUUUCUCCCCCUCUGCACUACCACAUCACACUGUAUUUGUUUGCUUUAUAUAAACUCAGUAUAAAAAGAAGAAGCGUCCUCUCACAUUCGACUGCUUUUAUUUCCAGCAAAUUUCUUAACCUGUGUAAAUAUUUGUAUUAGCAUAAAAAGAUUCUACCACUGAGACAUGAACUGAAGAAGUUUCACAGACGUUUGAGGAACAGGAAUGGAAUAAUGAGUCCCUGAACAAAGUGGAGGUCGAUAUCAGAAGGAACAGCCAGUAUCUGGUGUAACCUCCAGUUGCUUUAAGUUCUACAGAGCAUCUCAUCCUCAUGGACUGCACCAGACUGAUCAGUUCUUGCUGUGAGAUGUUCCUCCACUCUUCCACCGAGGCAUUUGCAAGUUCUUUAUCAUGUCUGGGGAGGACACAUGGCUACAUGUAAUUUUCCACUGCGAGGACGAUUAGCUGUUCUUCCUGUAGCACCGUCUCAGGCGUCUUACAUUACAGACAUUACAGUUUAUUGCUCUGGACACAUCUGCAGUCCUCAUGCCUCCCUGCAGCAGGUCUAUGGCAUGUUCACGCAGGUGAGCAGGAACCCUAGGCAUCUUUCUUCUGGUGUUUUUCAGAGUCAGUAAAAAGGUCUCUUUAGUGUCUAAUGUCUCUAAGUUAUUGUAACCGUGACCUUAAUCACCUCCCGCCUGUACACUGUUCGUGUCUUAAGGACUGUUCCACAGACCUUAAUCAUGUGUUUAUGGUUCAGUGAACAAGCAUGAAAAACAUCAUUUAAACCCUUUCCAAUAAAGAUCUCUAAAGAUUAUUUGGAUUUUACAAAAUUUUCUUUAAAAUACAGUCUCCUGAAAAAGAGACUUUUUUUUUCGCUGACUUUAUGUAUAUUCUUUUGUUCCAUUCAUAUAUUAUAAAUUACUUUUAGUAUACUUCUAACUUUCUAAGCUGCUGUAAUAGAUGCAUUACCAAGCCUUUAUACCGUGCCUGUUUAUUCUGGAUUUUGACUUUGCUCAUGUUUUCGACCUCGUCUCUUUGCCCUGCCCUGUUUGUACUGUUUGCCUCCGUCACUCCGCUUAAUUCCACUACCAUCCCUCCCAUCAGCCUUUACUGUUCCAACACGUGUCUUCUCACCGUGUGGAAUAAACCUUUUCAUUCUACAUCCGAAGACUAAAUUUCUGCAUAUUUAAUAUAGUUGAUUGUAAAUGAGUGUAUAUUUUAAAUGAGUGUACAUUUUUGGAAAAGAUCCAGUACAAAACAAAAAGUUUCACAUGCUGUGUUUACUGUAAUGAGGCAGUGUGUAAUUCUGUAUAAAACAGUUAAUAAAAUGAAAUA